AUGGGUCUACUCUUACAUGGCAAUCUCAUUCAAACACUAAGCAUUCAAGAGUGGCUUACUACAUAUGCUGGAUGCAUCAGCAAGGUAGACAGCCGAGUUCACACGUUGGUGGAUAGCUCAUCUCUUCGACCGGAUGCUCCAGAACUCGAGGCUAUUUACUCUCUCGAGUUAGAUUUUUUGCAAAUCAUGCGUUCUCACGCCAACUUCCAUACACUCUUCAAGGUCGCUCCUCCUGCUUCCGGUUUCUUCACUUGGACGCUUGAUGUUAUAGAUGGCGUAGUUUGCUUGGCUGCUGACGAUUCUCCUAUAUCAACCAGAUUUCAUCAUUUGAUCACCCCAGAAUCCACUACGCGCCGCUCAAGUUGCGCCACCAGCGUUCUCACGGCCAUAGUCCUCAAGCUCAUUGAUGUCUCUCUGAUUCUUAAUUUGCCCAAAUUGCAUUACCAAGCGGCCUCACUCCUUUGUUCGAUACUUUCUCCAUGGAUCGAUGCCGUGGAACCUGUGUCACACCGUAUUGGGCAGACAUCAGUUGACAAUCUGGCUGCCAUCCCUUCGCCAACUGAUGUCGCUUCCGCAUUUUUGGGCUUUCUGGAUCUUUUGAUUCAUUCGGUGGUGAAAAUUACCGAUUCGUGCAAUGGAACCAACCGACCGUUGUCUUGGUCUUCUGGGGCGUCGUCUACCAAAUCGCUGUUUGAGGGAAUAUCUGACAGUCGCAUUGUUAAGCAGAACGAAAGGGAAAUACAAAGGAAAGCUCUCGAUCGUUCAUCGUAG